AUGAACCCCUUUUUUCUAUUUACUUUCGAAAUUAGACAAGAGAUAGUUUCUAAAUAUGUGAAUAGCAUUGCUUAUGUAAUAAUACAUUAUUUUAUCAUCCUUGUGAACCAUUAUCAUAAGUAAUCAAAGCAGAAUUUUUAUUAUUUAGUUAUAUGAUUAUAGCGUAGACUAGAGAAUCAAACAAUUCUAAUCUCUCGGCAUUACUCAAUUAAUUAGAUGUUAGCAGUAUCGUUUAUGGUAAUUAAUAACUUACACUUAUUGCAUCAAUAAUCGAAUUCGCUUUGUCAUUGCUUAUCACCCUGCUUGGAAUUAUGCUACUUUUAUAAAAAAACAACAAUCAGGCUCAACAAAUAUAGUUUAAGAGUCUCGGAAAUGUACUCAUUUAGUUUAUAUAGAUUUUUAUAAGAUCCGUAAGAAUAUUGUACUGGAUUCUGUGUUAUCCCUUCCUCUUAGUGUCGAUCUAUAACACAUUGCUUGACAAUUCCAUGAGCCAAUAUUUUUCCAUAUUCACUAUCCUCUUUGUUGUGUUUUUUAUCUUUUUUCACGACUUUGCAUUGCUUAACGACAAUUUUAUUAAACAAGACUUUUUGAACGUCGCCCAAUCUCGGCCAUAUGUGUUUAGCAGUUGGAUUAAAUUAGUGUAAUGCUCAUACUCAAGUUAUUAUUAUGUAAACCAAAAUUCCCAUGUACAAAAAAUAAAUAAUAAUUUUAGAUGGUUUAUUUACUUGUUAGUUUUGGAUUGUCGUUUAUAAAUUACAUUUAACUACAGUAUUUUAUGGUAAUUUUUGGAAAAUAUGAUAUAGAUUACAUCUUUCAUUUAGUUAAUGUGAUUUAUUUUGGGCAAAGCUUUGGAUUGAUGAUCUAAUAUUUCAUUAACAUCGAAGAUCCUUACACUCUAAUAACUAUAUUGAUAAUAAUUGCUUGUGUUGUCGUUCAUGUUGGUUUUAGAAAGUGGCAAUUUGAGUAUCAAUUCACUAAUUCCAAAGAUGUUUCAACCAGAGUUAUGCUCUUAAAUUGGUUCAGAGAACUCGAAUGCUCAGAUGUAUAUUACAUGGGAAUGAUCACUAAACAUUAUAAUCACCCAAAUAAUAGGAAAUGUUUCCUAAGACACAGUGCCAUCUAUUACAGUGGUAAGAAAUUUGCCAAAUACACCUACAUAACAACCAAGAAACACAACAUCGAAAAAUACAAAGGAUUGUUUGUGAAGUUCCUGAUCAAAUGUUUAGUUGAAACACAAUUAAAAGUAUAACCCAAUUCUGAUGAAAUACGGUUGCUCUACUCAGAAAUCUUAUUCUAUAAAUUUAAUCUAAUAAAUCAAUCCUUCAAACACUUAUCCAAAAUCAAAAACAACAUCAAUUUCAACUAAAAAACGAGAAUUAGAUAAUUAAAACUAUCAAUUCACAAUAAACUGAAGGAGAACAACCAAUUAAGUUAUCGCUCAAAACUCCCUUUUGAAAACGUGUUGAAAUGUGAAGAACAAAUGAAAGAGUUUUUCUAAGCCUUUCUAAAAAUAGCUGAGUUGUAAGUGUAUUUUUGGAAGAAUUAACUCCAACAAUUCAUUUCCAUUCCUGAUUAACUUAAAAUAUGUUAAUCGAUACUGAAAGAGAUAUAAAUUUGUCAGAAACAUUGGAAAAACAUUCAUUUCACCAAUCCAAUUGAUGAAUAACAAAUGUUGAUAAGAUUCAGAUGGAAAUUCUUCUAUCUCUACUUCAAACUAUAUGUUCUCCAUAAGAAAUUGAAAGUAUAAGAAAUCAAAGAACUACCUGAUCAAAAUCUUAAAUCCUAAUAAAUCUUUUAAGAUGAAAAAGUAGAUGAAAGAUCCUCAAGUGAAGAUGAAGCUUAAACCAAAAGCUAUUAUCAAACUAAUAGUAUCAUUUCAUCUAAUAACCUAUUUUUUCGAGUUGAUAAAUUUGGAGAAAUUAUAGCAGCUAGCCAAUCAACACUUAAAAUUUUAGGUCGAUCUUAAAAUGAAUACAGAGGAAUUAGAGUUGAAACACUAAUGCCAGAUAUAAUAAAAGAGAAUCAUAAUGAUUUUUUAAAGUAAUUCUAUAAGACUGGACAAUCUGAAAAUCUAUUUAAAAGAAGAUCCAUUUUGGUCAAGCAUAGCAAAGGACAUUGUCUUAAAGCACAAAAAUAUUUGAAAUAUAUAUAUAACUUGGAGUAAGAUAGAUUUGAGUAUUUGAGUAUGAUGAGGUAAGUGUCUAGUCGCUCUUAAUAUAUAAUUUUGAAUUCUAGGUGGGAAAUUGAUUCCUCAAGUGAAUACCUUUAUUAAAUAUUUGGGGAUUACAAACUCCCUUUUCUAUCAUUAUGUCCAAAAGCCAUUUCAUACACUGAAUAUGCUUAAUUUCUUACCAAUUUUGAUAUGAAAAUUUUGAGUCUGAAAAUAUGUUCUUAUGGUAGUAGAGAGAGAAUCUAGGAUAAGAAAUUUACAUUCAGAAGAUAAAAUGAUUAAACAUUUAGUAAUAAAUCAAUCAAUGAAUUAACAAGUCUGGUUUUUAAAAGAGAGUUGGAAGAGAAGUAAAAGUAGAAUGUGAUUUAAUUGUUUUAAUAAAUUCUGGAGGAGGACAAUGACAUAGAGAAAACUGCAAAAUUAACCAGAUUAAAUCAUAUUAAAUUAAAUAUUAGAGUACCUAUGUACAAAGCUGAAUUUCAAGAAGAUUACAAUAGGUAUAAUGCUUAGAUGUAGACCAUUUAUUAUGAUGGGGAAAGCAGGAAAAAGUUGAUUUUCAGAAAUGAUAAUGGUAAUUUGAGAGUAGAUAAAUUUGAAUUCCUUUAAAGAUAUAAAUGGGUUAGAUAAUAGAGGAUGAAGUUUAUCUAUUAAAAAAUUAGUAAGCAUUUAAAAUAAAUUAGAAAAUCUAUUUGAACAUUUUUGUUCAGAAAAAGUACUUGAAAAAGUGUUAAAAGUUGAUGCUAAUCUCAAGUUCUAUAAGACAUUAAAUAAGAUAUCCUUUUAUAUUUUAAAGAUAAAUCGUUUAGAACUUUAUGAUGAGAACACAAAUCACAAUGAAAAACAAGAGAAUGAAUUUAUCAAUACCAAUUCAUUUAGACCGUAUACGUCAGCUUUGGCUAAAGAAGUUGUAAUAGCAUCUCAAUCCUAGUCAUAUAACUUAAAAAGCUAAAGUGGGAAUAUGUAUUCAGGUACACUAUAUACUUAUAUAUUUUAGAUAUGGAAUUGAUUACGAACAGAGAAUACUCUUAAAAGCCAUUUCUAAUUGAUUACACAUUAAGAGAUGAUUUUUUAGUUUAAGGAUCCAACUCUAUAUAUAGUUUAAAUGAAUAGAAAAAUCCUUUUAUUAAGGAAGAGAUCAAUAAACUAUCAAAGUAGAAUUAAAAAUUGACCUUGCUAGUUGUUUUAAACAGAUUUUCAUUUUUUUUGUAACUGGUGUUUAUUUCCUUUACUUACUUUUUUUGCUCAUUCUACUACAACCCUAUUACUUUACACAAUUCAGUGAUUUUAUUCGGUCAUCUUUAUAAAAUAUAGUUGUUAACUGUGUCAUCAUAUAAUUAUAUCAUUGAUGUAGCUCUAAUGAAUGAACAAAAAUUGUCUAGUUUAUUAAUUACAAAUCCUACGACAAAAUUUAAUACUACAAGGCAGUUUUAUGAUUUUGUCAGUUUGGAGAUUGGAGACUAUUACACUUAUGUUUCCUCCAUCUAUGCUAAUUAAGACUUUGUCUCUAUGGUUUAUUCUGGAUUUUAUGGCGAUGAUGAGAAUGUUAGUGGACUGGAUAUUUUGGAUUAGUUUAAAGUUAACUUAUUAUAAUUUAAUCACUCUGAAAAGUCUUCAAUAACAUAAAAUAAUACUAUACUAUCCCAUUUUAGAGAUUACAUGGUACCUUAUGGGUAAGAACUGAUGUAAGACUCUGUUGCUUCAAGGAUCAAUGAUGCUAUUCUAUAUUAAUCCAUGUCUAUUGAUAAUCUAAUUCUCUUUAUGAUACUUCAAUUAACCUUAAUGCUAAUCAAUUCAAUUUUUUCUUUGCUGAUUAAAUUUAAGUUUCGCAACGACAUAAAUACUAUAUUCAUUAUUGUUACUAAUUUGCCCAAAGAUGACAAAAUUAAAGCUAUGAGACAAUAUCAAAUAUUAUUUGCAUAAUUAAAUUCCCUUUUUGAAGAAGAAUGUAAUUUUACAUUUAUUAUAUCAUUUAGAAUAUGGAUACAAAAAGUAAUCUUUGCAUAUUUUAAAUGGUGAUACAGUUAUGUAAAUAUAAUAAUUAGUCAUAGAUAGCAAGAUUUUGAAAUAAAUGAAAUUGAAAAAGCCAAUUAAAAACGUGAUAAAGCCAAAAUUCACAAGCCACCAAAAUAUUCAAUCCAUGUAUUAAUACAGUUUUAUUGUUUUCUAGACUGUUUUUGCUCUUAUGUGUUAUUUAACAAUUAUAAUAGUUCUAUUUAUACUUGUGUAUUAUUUCAUUUUGAGUAAUCAAACACAAACAAAGUAAUUCUUUUAGGAUAACAAUUUCUUAGUUGAAACAAAUUACUUUUGGCUAAUAACCUUACUUAAGGAAGUAAAUUUAUAAUCAAGUAUUAGAAAUUCAUUUAUGAAAAUUAUUUAAACUCCUCUUACUACCCCAAUAUCACAAACUUUAGAUUCCAAGAAUUUCUUAAUGAUAUUUCGCUAUUAUCACCUAACUUAUACUAAACAUCCAUAGAUGAGAUUUAACAUGUUUUUGAAGACACAUUGUGCGAUUAAUCGUUCGGUAAUAUUUAUAAGUAUACCAAUUAGAUGAAACUGGAACCUAUAUUUAUUAUAAUUAGUUUUGUGACGAGAUUUUGGAUGGGGCAUUAAAAAGAGGAUUGAAACAAUUUAAUAUAUUAUUAACAUAGGUAGUAAUAAAGGCCUUAAAUCCAAAUGAUUAAAGAUAUGAAAAUUUCACCAUAGAAGAUCUUGCCCAAUAUUAGAUUUCAUUUCAGAUCAUUUAUGAAAUAUAUUAGAAUAUUUUUCAAAUUUGGGCUUCAGAUGCUGAGAAGAUAUUAAAGAGUUCAUCAGAUUUAAGUCUAAUUUGCUAGUAAGAUAUCUCAUUAUUUAAGUAUCGUCUAACUUCUUGUGAUCUUCAUUUUAUACUUUUGUUUAUUGGAAUAUUUUCUAUUUACUAAGCUACAACAAGACUUUAAUUUUAGCAAAAAAUAUUACAGAUAUUUCAUGUUAAACGAAACUAUGAAUUAGGUGAAAACUAUGAGAGUAGAUUUAGUAAGAUCUGGGCUAUUAUCCAAAUGA